UCUCUGAUUGGUUGAUCGAGUUCCGCGUCAGGGCAGCAUUUAAGUCCCGCGGCACUUCCUCCUCUGGACUAAACUUUUUCAUUUUGGGGGGAGGGUUUGCAAUCAUGUCCGACCGAGGUACUUUUGACACCAACGUGGUCACCGUGACCCGCUUCGUCAUGGAGGAGGGCCGCCGGGUGAAAGGGACCGGGGAGCUCACCCGGCUGCUCAACUCCUUGUGCACGGCCGUCAAAGCCAUCUCCAGCGCGGUGCGCAAAGCGGGCAUCGCUCACCUCUACGGCAUCGCGGGAAGCACCAACGUGACGGGCGACCAGGUGAAGAAGCUGGACAUUCUGUCCAAUGACCUGGUCAUCAACAUGAUCAAGUCAUCCUUCACAUCCUGCGUUCUGGUUUCGGAGGAAAACGAAAAAGCCAUCAUCGUAGAACCUGAGACCAGGGGCAAGUACAUUGUGUGUUUCGACCCGCUGGAUGGUUCAUCUAACAUUGACUGCUUGGUCUCCAUUGGAACAAUCUUUUCCAUCUACAAGAGGGAAAGUGAGGACGGCGAGCCUUGCGAGAAGGAUGCCUUACAGCCCGGUAGGAACCUGGUGGCGGCUGGCUAUGCCCUCUACGGCAGCGCCACCAUGAUGGUGCUCUCCACCGGAACCGGAGUUAACUGCUUUAUGCUCGACCCGGCCAUCGGUGAGUUCAUCCUGACCGAGCGGAACGUGAGGAUCAAAAAAAAGGGCAAGAUCUACAGCUUGAACGAAGGCUAUUCCAAAUACUUUGAGCCGGCCGUCAUCGAGUAUUUGAGCAAUAAGAAGUUUCCUCAGGACGGGACCGAGCCAUACGGCGCUCGCUACAUCGGCUCCAUGGUGGCUGACGUGCAUCGGACACUCAUGUACGGCGGGAUCUUUUUGUAUCCAGGCAACUCAAAGAGCCCCGAGGGAAAGCUGCGUCUGCUGUACGAGGGCAACCCCAUGGCCUUCAUCAUCGAGCAGGCUGGGGGCGCUGCUUCCACGGGCUUCCAGGACAUCCUGGACAUCCAGCCGGUGGGCAUCCAUCAGAGGGCCCCCGUGGCCAUGGGCUCUCCUGACGACGUGGCGGACUACGUGGCUGUCUGCCGCAAGCACGCCACCAAGGCCAAGUGAGGGAAACCCCGCUUACAUCGCCGCCAUUCUUCAGUGAAGGAGGAAAAAUGUAUCAGCUCUUUCAUUCAAAAUUGCUCUGAAAAAUGAUGCAUGUCUCAGAAGGACUUUAUGAAGAAAAAAUACAACCCAAACACAUAGAAAUACAACAUCAUUGUCAAAGUGAAAGCAACAAUAUCAGUACUCAAUACUGGUUUACUGUGACAAAUGAUAUGUCUCACAAUACUUUUUGCUCAGUGUGAUUGAUACCAUAGGUGAAACAAUAAUGAUUAGAUUUUUUACAAUAUGUUGCUUUUUUGUCAAUAUUGUAUCACUGUAUGGUAUUAUGCAAAUAUACUUAUGCGGUGAGUCAAAAUAUCAGUCAUAAUUUAUCAUGGCAGUAUUACAACACUGUUUUAACAAAGAUAGAGAAACUGUAAUUCCGCCAAAGCAGCCAAAUUCAAAGCAUUUUUUAUAUUUCUGACAUUUGACCCUUUCUCUUCUCAUCAUAGCACCUACCCUUCAAAUGAGUUAAAUAGGCUAAACCAUUAUCAAAUUAUGGAAAAAUCAGUUGGCUGACCUCUGUGACCUUUGACCUUGACCUCAUUACCCCAAAAGUUAACUUAUUGGCUGCCAUUGACACCGCUAGAUGGUCAAUCCUUUUUGACUGGGAGGCCUGGCAACGAUUAUUAUGACCUCUGUGACCUUUGGAUUGCAUUACCCCAAAAGCUAACUCAUUGGCUACCAUUGAUGGCGCAAGACGUUUAAUCCAUUUUGACUGGGCAGGUUGGCAGUCAGUGAUAGCCAUCUCACUUCAAAUAUAUUUGAUGUGCCACUGUCAAUGGCAGGAAAUGAGUUAAUUGCCACUUCCGUUUCAUAUUACAAACAUCCUGGUAGUUUGAUAAUGAUCCCUUUAUUAAUUCUUGAGUUUUCUUGAACAAAAUCAGAGAUUCAGAAACUAAUAGAUAGCCUCCCCUCGCACAGGUUUCACCUACUGGCGGAGGUAAUUGUGAUAUUUAAUGCCGUACUGCAUUAGAUUUAAAAAAAAAAAAAAAAAAAAAUCAUGGAUAUUUUGUCUCACUGCCUCUAGAAAAAUGAAUUGUUUAGUUGGUAUGUACUCAUGUCUCCAUGACAACACUCACACAAUAUACUGUACAUGCAAAGGACCAAAACUUGACCAAAGCUAAUUGUGAUGCUUCAGAAUGUGAAUGACUGUUUCAAAAUAAACAAUAAAUUUCAAAAAUCUUAAGGCAGUGUUAAUAGAGUGCCGUCCUGAUACUUUUUGUCCAUCCGUUCCUCUCUACAGUAUGACUUCUGGCACGGAUGGUGUGCAUCCUUUAAGGAUCCACUCCACUCUAGUUACAUUGACAUUUAAGCUUAAAGGUUAGCAAAAGUUCAGGCAACUUUUCUGCCAAUGCUACUCGUGUUGUACCUGAAUAAGUUCCAUGAGCAAAAAUGAAUAAACUAGGUCAUAUUUUGGGCAAUCAAGAAGUUUUUAAUAGCUUUAUUAUGAGU